AUGGCUGCAUCCGCGCUCAAGAUGGCAGCCAUCUGCGCCGUGCUGGUCAUCCUCCUGUCUACCGCGGGGCAGCCAGUGAUGGCCGACAUAAUGGACGGCCUAGCUUGCCCUAGUGCCGAGACGCCAUGCCGCCAACGAUGCAGACUUGUGUGCGACUUCUUUGGCAGGGUGAUGUGCAACCCUAUCUGCACCAUCACGCCGCCGGAGCUGGUAGCGUUGGACCAGGCCUGCGUGAACCAGGCCAUCGGCCCUUGCCUGACCAGUUGCAACAGGUUGUGCGAGGCCCUCUUGGUUCACACGAAUCCCUGA